CAAAAAGGAGAAUCAAAACUAUCGAUACAAAUAUGCCCACGCGAUAGGCUUUUUAAGAAGGAGAAGAACAAAAAACAAAAAUGCUACAGAAAUAGGCCAACACCCAUUUCCAUAUUCUUCUUCUGAUGAAAAAUAAGAAUGUUGGGUGGGUCUCGCUGUAUAUCCCAGCACUUAAGAGACACUAAUUUUCACCAAUUUUGCACUUCCACAACUCCCAUUUUUACUGCUGCUUCUCCACCAAUCUCAACUUCUUCAUUCACCUACUUCAGAUUCAGAUUAAGGAAUAAAGUUAGUGAUUUUGGGGUCAGUUGUGUUCAGCCCAAUUCUUCAAAUACCCAAAGCUCUUUGCUUUCUCAAACGUUGAGCCAAUCUGGAAAAGAUGAGGAGCCUCCAUCAGAAAGAUUGUCCAUGCUUGCAGGUGGGAUAGUAGCUCUGGGGAAGUUUGAUGCACUCCAUAUUGGUCAUCGUGAGCUUGCAAUCCAAGCAGCUAAGAGAGGAAUUCCAUUUCUUCUUUCAUUUGUUGGAAUGGCGGAAGUACUUGGAUGGGAACCGAGGGCUCCCAUUGUUGCUGACUGUGAUCGCAAAAGGAUUCUUUCAUCUUGGGCUCCUUAUUGCGGUAAUGUAAUCCCAAGGGAAUUCCAGAUAAAAUUUUCCAAAGUUCGAUCUCUUACGCCUCGUCAGUUUGUGGAGAAGCUGUCCAAAGAGCUGGGAGUGCGAGGAGUUGUUGCUGGCGAAAACUAUCGUUUUGGAUAUAGAGCUUCUGGUGAUGCAUCGGACCUUGUGAAGCUCUGUGAAGAGUAUGGAUUAGAGGCUUAUAUAAUCAAUUCUGUCAUGGACAAGAAUCAAAUUUCUGGAGACUUAAACUCUCGCGAAAAAAAGGAGAGAGGGCAAGUAUCAUCUACUCGUGUUAGGUAUGCCCUUGACAAGGGAGACAUGAAAUAUGUGUCAGAGCUGUUAGGUCGCAACCAUCGUCUUGUUUUACUGAUGGAGGACCAAGAAAGAUUUAUUAGUGAGAAAAAUAGGCUGUCAGCUCCAAAGUCUUGUUUGUUGAAUCUUGCACCCAAGGAAGGUCUUUAUGAGAAUUGUUCAGUUUCGAUUGACGAGAAUGUUGUACCCUGCAGAGUCACAGUUAAUACAACUGAUAUUCAUUUGGAAUGCUAUGAGUGGGUGGUCAUUUGGAAUGUUGUCUCACGGAUAAGGAAAUUUUACAGCAAUCUUCAAGAGUGUUCUUUGGAAACUGCAGAAGAUCAAACUAGUGUUCAAGAUCCAGACAUUUAUAAAGGAUAGAAGCUGUUAUGGCACAUUAAUUGAUAGAGUGAUUAAUUUCAGGAGCUUGAAGAACAUGAUGAAUUUUUGCUUGUAAGACCUUUAUAAAUUAAAUUUGGGAAAGUAUUGUUUCUACUUCUUCUUUGGAAGCAGGGAUGAUCUUAUUGCACA